GGUAGAAACAGUCGAAAAUGGCUGUCGACAUGAAACGAAACUAUUUGAAACUACUUAUGCAUUUUCGAAGGCACGAUUUGAUAGAUUUCGCCGAACAACAUGAUAAACUAUUCGAAGAAGCAAAGCAAAGUGGAGAUCACUCCGCUGUUACAUCUCAUUAUUACUCGGUAAUGUCUACCGUAAUCGACGAAUACUUUGGAGGCAACUUCCAUUUCGCCCCACCUAGGAAGACAAGUAUGACAUUGGAAGAAGCACUUGCAGAUCUACAUAGGAAGAUUGGCGAACGACUUGGCUUAAAAGAGGGAAAAUCUUGCGCAGAUAUAGGAUGUGGCAUCGGUGGUGUCAUCAAGGAUCUUGCAUCUACUGGCGCCGAUCUGACGGGUAUCACUAUCGCUGCCAAUGAAGUAGAGAUCGGCAACGCCGAGUUUCAUAGGCUUGGAAUUCAUUCCAAAUGUCGCUUGAUAGAGGGUGACUGUUAUGACAUGCCACUGGAAGAUAGUUCCAAAGAUGCUGCUUACGCAAUUUAUUCCCUCAAAUAUUUUCGCGAGUUGGAUUCUGUGAUGAAGGAGGUAUCGCGAAUAUUGAAACCUGGUGGGAAAUUUUUGGUGUAUGAUUUGAUUAAGACUGAUAGAUAUGACGAGAAAAACCCAUUGCACAUCGAGAUCAUUGAAGGACUAGAGUAUGCCUGUGGUAUGCCAUCUCUACACACUCGUGAAGAGCUUCUGAAUGCAGCAUCUAGGCAUGGUCUUCUGCUGGAGGAAAGAGAAGACCUUUCUCUCACAAAUGGUAGUCCAUUCCAUUUCUGUUUUUCGCACUCACCCUUCUUUAUGUGGCUUGUCGAGAGUGCAAUGAUCAAGAGACUCAUACGCUUUGGCCAGCACCUGAGAAUUCUUCCAAAAGGAUUUUCCAAAUUCAACGCUAUCUUUCUUGCCGGCACAGUGCAGAAAAUUGUAGAAGGUGGACGAAUGGGAAUCCUAUCUGGCUCGGAACUACUCGUGUUCAGGAAAACUGCUGAAUGACUGUGAUAUUCGUAUGUAUAUAAACUAUAUUAAUUA